CACGCCCCCUUCUCCUUCCCCGAGCGGUUCAAGCGAGAGCGGGAGGGCAGAGUCGCUCUCACUCGAGAGGCGCGCGGGGUAGAGCGCGCAGCUACCAUGUCCGGCUCCGGCAGCGACCGCGGCGACGCACCUCGUCGCUCCCGAAGCCAGCAGCUCGGCUCCCCCGACGGCGGCACUCCUCGACGCCGGGCGCGAGCGGGCGACGGGGAUGGCGGCGGGCGAGGCAGCGAAGAAGAGGACGGGGCGGCCGGAGGAGCAGCGGGAGCGGAGGGCGCCUUGCCGGGGCCGUCGGGCGGCGACGGGGCGGACGAAGCGACGCGGCGGCUGCUCCGCCAACAGUACCGGGAGCUCAUCUCCUCCGUGCAGCAGAAUCGUGAAAUGAUGCUGAGCACCAGAAAUGAUAAACUCACAGAGGCUUUGGAAGAUGCGAAUAGACUAUUUACAGGAGUGUCCCGGGCAAGGGAGGCUGCUUUGGAUGCCCAGUUCCUAGUUUUGGCAUCAAAUCUAGGAAAGGAAAAGGCAAGCCAGUUGCACUCGGAGAUGUCAGUGUUUGAUCCAUCGGAGUUUGCUGAAGAUUUAGUAAGUUUGCAGUGAUUAGUUUUGAAAUAAUAUAAAGUUGCUAUGUUUAAGAGUUAUUAAAUAGGAGUUGGUUCCAUAAAUCACCAUCACCACUAUUUUUUCCUGGUUACCUACUGCUCAUUAGCAAAAUUAUUUCUAGUAUAGAUGUGAAAGCAAAUAACAACUUUAUUGUUGCAAGAUAAGUACUUUG